ACUCGAAUGCGUAUCGAAGGUUGAAGGUAGCAGUCGCAACGAUACCCGUACCCGUAACUCACAGAGACGAAAAUAGAUAGCCAUCGACCAUGUCAUUACCACAGCCGUCAAUACCGGGCUCCGCCGACCCAUCGACCGCCUCCACCUCCGCCCAAACACAGCCAUCCACCUCAACGCCCGACUUACCGCGGAUCGUAAAGAACGAUCCGAAGCGCACGGGGUUCGACCCGCAGACGGCGUGGUGGAUGAACUACUUCAAGAUCCUGACGGGGUCGAUAACGCCCGAGGGCGCCUUCCACUACCGCGAAUCACGGUACAUAGCGAACGAGGAGCGCGACUGCAAGAGCUGCGAGAAGUGGCGGGACUUCGCACUACAGCACUCGCCGACGGUGGUGUUCCUGCGGCAGAAGAUUGCGGCGCUCAAUGGCCAGCUUGACGCCAGCAACGUCGUGUGCGCGCGGUGUCCUGCACGACUGACCGAGGACGGCCAGGUGCAUCGCCAGAGCGGCGGCUUCAGCCCACAUUCGGGCAUCCUGAUUUGCGCCAACGAGAUCCGGAGUCGGUCGCAUCUGGAGGACACACUGGCGCACGAGAUGGUGCAUGCGUGGGACCAUCUCCGGUGGAAGAUGGAUUGGGCUGGGGAUAAGGAUUUGAAACAAGCCGCUUGUACUGAGAUUAGAGCGUCGAUGCUGAGCGGAGAGUGUAGAUGGACGAAAGAGGCACUGACAAGAGGGAAUUGGACCUUGACACAGCAAUUCCAGGACUGCGUGCGCAAGCGGGCUGUAGAGUCAUUACUAGCACGGCCGCGCUGCAAGGACGACGUCCAAGCCGUCAAGGUAGUCAACCAAGUGUGGGAUUCAUGCUUCUCAGACACCCGGCCUUUUGAUGAGGUCUACAGGUAAACACCAGAAAAUAAAAUACAAUGUAUAAAGUGCUACGCCCAGCGGAACUGGGACGUAGCUUGUACCAACAAUGACCACGCACUCGAGGCUAACAUCUCGUCUCUGCAUGAAAAUUAUAAGGAAGGAUCAAGAGCAGGCGCUUUUGCUUAUAGAUGAUUUGAUAUAUAUGUAAAUGUUCAAUUGCAUACGAUGAUUGAAAAACGACACGGCCGU